UCUCAUUCCUUUUUUCUUCUUCUUUUUCGUAUUACACGUGGAGAGCUUUUAGCCAAUGUUUGCUCCAGGGUUUCAGCUGUAGCUGAUUUUCUGGUACACAGACCGUUAUAUCAGUUGCAAAAACAUGUUUUAGUGUUUGAGUUCACUCAACAACACAUCCGGACAGCAUGUCACCAGUACUAUGUUGUUUCCGUAAUCAUAUUUUCAAACACCUUGCCUGCACUAAUUCACUUGUAAGACGAGAAUUCAGUCUCACCAAGUUGUUGUCAGUCAAGGCUGUGCCAUUGUCGACUUGCACCAAUGCUUCACUUACGUCGCCAUUUCUGUCCGUGCACAUUCAAUGUAGAAAAGAUUUUGCGGAUAUGCUUUCAGAAGCGUUGUUAUGUUUCGGUGCAAGUUCAACCAGCAUUGAUGAACAAGACAGCCACGUACAAAAUGAAGAGAUAUGCAUUAGUUCAAUUUAUGAUAUAUCCAAGGACGUCCGGAAGAGCAUUUUACAUGCUGCAGAUUCCAUAGGCUUGAAAGAUUUACCUACGUAUAAAAUCGUAAAGGGCUACCACUCUGACUGGAUCAAAGAUAUUCAGGACUCUUUUCAUCCAGUUGAAGUCACAAAAGGACUCUGGAUUGUACCUGAGUGGAGAACUCCCCUAGACCUUCAAGCGACUAAUAUCAUCCUGAAUCCUGGUCUGGCAUUUGGAACUGGGGACCAUCCCACAACUAAGUUGUGUUUACUAUUGCUGCAUGAAAUAAUUAAAGGAAAAGAAUCAUUUCUAGACUAUGGCACGGGUUCCGGAAUUCUUGCAAUUGCUGCAUUGAAGUUUGGUGCAGACUUCGCUGUUGGAAUUGAUAUAGAUCCCCAAGCAAUUACUGCUGCACGACAUAAUGCCACUUUGAACAACAUAGGACCUGAUAUCUUGCAACUGUACCUUGUUCCCAGUGAGGAAAUUAAUUCCCCAUCAGAAAACAAUUCAACUGGUUUUGAAGGUCAGGGUUCUUAUGAACCAGAGGCCAGCUUUGAUGAAAUAGUGAAGUAUGAUAUUGUGGUUGCAAACAUACUCUUGUACCCUCUGUUGAAUUUGGCAGAUCAAAUUGUUUCUUUUGCUAAACCAGGAGCGAUGGUUGCUUUAUCUGGUAUUAUAACUGAGCAGCUUCCACGUAUAACUGGACGUUAUUCAGAAUUCCUUGAAGAUAUAACAGUGUCAAAGAUGGAUGAUUGGGCUUGUGUAAGUGGGAAGAAGAGAAGAAUUUAGUGAAGGAACAGUUGCAAUACUGUAGGAAAUAUUAUGAAGAUGCAAUGUUUAUAAAUUGAUAAUAGCGAAAAAUUGCCCAUUCGAUUCAUACUAGACCUGAGUUGAAACCUGGCUGUAGAGUUGUUUUAUAUAGUUCAGAUUUGUGAAA